UAUGCAUGGUGGUGUCGGGCGCCUGUAUACGCUUUUUGUCCCCUGGUUUGGUGAUACAUCAAUGAACCUAUCCGAUUGGAUUCUGGUUGUCUUCUCAUGGGAACGGUUGCUUGUGGUUAUGAGCCCUUUUCGCUUUGAAUUUCUGCAGUGCGUCCUCACGGCACGACUUGUUAUCAUAUUCCUCGUCGUGCUAUCCCUCGCAAGCUUCGUAUUCGACUUUGUACAUCAUUAUUUUCCUUACAUGCACGAUUUCAGCAGACCAGUUGACGAUACGCCGCAGUGGUUUCUUCCAUGGCUCAAAAUCAACAAAAUGGGAUUGAUUGGGAUGCGCGUGCUAACCUUCUUGCUGAUUCUUAUUCCUAGUGUAAUUUUAAUUGCAUUUCUUGCGCGCUACCGGCGAUCAGAAUUUGGGACGAUGCGUCGUUUGCAGAAAUCCAACAGUGCGGCAACGUCUACCAGCAAUUCUUCAGCACAGCAUGGUAUCAAUAUCAUCUUACUAAGCAGCGCAUUGCUGUAUCUCAUUACGCGCGCUCCCAAAUUUUUCGAUUUGUGUGCAUCACUCCUAGUAUGGUAUGGCGUUCGCUUAACAUACAACGACGACUAUACCCUGAAUAACCUCAUGGAACCAAUUAUCCAUGUGACAACAUUCAUGGGUUAUUCGUUGAACUUCUACCUUUAUCUGCUAACCGAGCGCCAUAUUCUGCCCACUUAG